GUGACCUGUCAGCUGUCUUCCUUCUCCGGCCGCUCCCUUGCUCGAUCUUCUUUGAUCUUAGCGCUGCUGCUCGGCUCCUCCUCCUCGUCGGUGAUUGGCCGCCUGUGUGCCUCUCCUGAGCUACAGUUCCGGUGGCCAAUCACUGGCGAGGAGGCGGAGCUGUUGAGUGAUCCCGGGGAUGUGGCCAGAUGACAGGGGCGGCAUGUCAUCCCGCCCACACAUCGCGACUGAUAGAGGAGUGGUGUCUCGGUUCCUAA